AUGGGGAGCAAACGGCAGGUGAUCUUGCCAAGUUUGGCCGUCCUGGCCGUCGCGGCGGCCGUCCUCCUGUCGCACGGCGGCCACGCCGGAGCGGACGCCGCCGCCGCCCGGCCAUUCGCGAGAACGAGCGGGACGCGCUUCACGGUCGGCGGGCGGCCGUUCUACUCGAACGGCUUCAACGCGUACUGGCUCAUGUACAUGGCGUCCGACGCCACCGCCGACCGGAGCAAGGCGGCGGACGUCCUCCGGCAGGCGGCGCGCCUCCGCGCGACGCUGGUGCGGACGUGGGCGUUCAGCGACGGCGGCUACCGGCCGCUGCAGAAGUCCCCCGGCGUGUACAACGAGAGCAUGUUUAUGGGACUAGAUUUUGUAAUAGCCGAAGCGAACAAACGAGGGCUGUAUUUGAUACUGAGCCUGGUGAACAACUGGGACGGUUUCGGCGGGAAGAAGCAGUACGUGCAAUGGGCUAGAGAUCAGGGCCACUACCUGGGUUCCGACGACCAAUUCUUCACCAGCGAAGUAACCAAACAGUUCUACAAAAACCACGUAAAGGCAGUCCUGACGAGAGUAAACAAGAUAACCGGAGUGGCGUACAAGGACGAGCCGGCCAUCUUUGCAUGGGAGCUCAUGAACGAGCCACGCUGCCAGAGCGACCUCUCUGGAAAAACUCUGCAAGCAUGGAUCACGGAGAUGGCCGGCUACGUGAAAUCCGUGGACCCGAACCACAUGGUGGAGAUCGGGCUCGAAGGGUUCUACGGCGAGUCGAUGCACAAGAACUUAAACCCGGGCUACACCGUCGGCACCGACUUCAUCGCCAACAACCUCGUCCCGGCCGUCGACUUCGCCACUAUCCACUCCUACCCCGACCAAUGGGUGGCCGGCGCGAGCAGCGACGAGCAGGUGGCGUUCAUGCGGAGGUGGCUGGCCAGCCACAUCCAGGACGCGGCGGCGGUGCUGCGGAAGCCGCUGCUGGUGACGGAGUUCGGGUGGUCGGCGCGGUCGAACGGGUACGCGGUGGCGGCGCGCGACGCCUACUUCCGCAUGGUGUUCGACGCGGUGUACGCGUCGGCGCGGGCGGGCGGGCCGUGCGCCGGGGGACUCUUCUGGCAGGUGAUGGCGCCCGGGAUGGAGAGCUGGACCGACGGCUACGAGGUGGUGCUCGAGCGCAGCCCGUCCACGGCCAGUGUCGUCGCUCAUCAGUGCGCCAGGAUCGCCGGGCUCAGCCCGGCCGGCCCAGCGUGGCAAAACUGCCAGUUACUCUGA